AUGAAUUUAUAUGGGCUUCAAAAUAAGUUCCACCCCCAUCCCACCCCCACCUACGAAGCCCCUACAAAGAUUUAUUCCUUUCGAACCAAGACACUUAUCUUAUUAUCCCUGAUGCAAAUAAAAUCUGGUUAUGUUGAAUUUGAAAAAUUAAAGAGUUUCUAUGAUAUCAAGAUCAAUUUAAAGCCUUUGCACGUUGAUGGAAUAAUUCGGGUGCUGAAUAAUCUUUAUAAAAAAGUAAGAGAUGAUAUUGGGAAUAUUGAAUAUAUGAUCCAGGCCUUAUCGUGCGUAAAUGAUUUCAUAUCUUUAGGAAAUUUGAAAGUAGGAUUGGUUAAAAAUUUUAGUAAACUCCUAGACAAUAUUUCCAAGUUAUUGCAAAAUUUUUCCGGAUUAGUCGAUGACAAAAUAAAGGACAAAGCUCUUGUUUUACCAGAAUAUUUAGCUCAGAUAAUAUCGCUUCCUCAACUAUUAACCCAUAUAGGAGAUUAUGGAAUACAGAGUGGUUUGGUCAAAAUUCUAUCCGCAUUAAUACCGACAGCCCGCAAGCACGAGUUAGCUGUUAACAUGUUUAAGGAUCAAAAAACUUUGUUACAAAAUUUCGAAUCCCUCGACGAACAUAAUUUCAUUAAAGAGUUUGAUCAAGAAAGGUGGGAAAAUUUAGAAAUAUACAAAUAUCAGAUAGCAUCUAUCCAUGUAGCAAGUUGGAAUCCUAGAAUAGAUUUCAAAAUAUAUGUAAAUAUAAGUCUAUCAGAUAUAUUAAGAACUAGCGCUGAACCUCAGCCUUCAAUUCUUAAUAAUAAUAAUAGAGGUAUGGGUGCUAAAGAUUGUAUUAGCAUUGAAUUGCCAUGGCAGGAUGACUCGUUUAGCAAGGCGAUUGAAGCUAUGUUUCUAUGUAAAAUUACGAACCUUACAACAUCUUUAACCUUGAAUACCACCAUGAUAGGCUCAAAUUCUUUCACUUCAAAUAAAUCAGCAAAUAAUGUUCCGAUCUGCAAAAGAAAAGAACUUAGAGAGGAAACCGCAAAAGAUCCAAUUUUAAGAAAAGUAAAAAUAUUAAUAAAUGGUACAAAUAUACAAAAUCAAGUACCAGAAUUACAAGCUUUUAGAAUAAGAAUAGAUGAAAUAGAAAAUGAUGACGCAAAUGUUAGGUGCGCAAAACCAGACAUGAGCAUAUUAAUCGAACUGCAAAAUAAAUUGAGUGAAAAAUUGGCUCCUCCAAACGAUGGAAUGAGUGGAAUGAAAGAUGAUGUGAGAAAGAACGACAAAAUGGAUUCUUGGACGAAUGUUAAAGACAAAAUGAAAGAACCUAAUCCCAAUUCAAAUAUUAUAUACAACAAUAGUAAUAAUUUAACGAAAGUACCGAAUUCAAGCAGGAAUUACGAUAAAGCUAACAAUUCCAAAAAAGUAAAGAUCGAUAAUGACAAAUCCAAUAAAAUGGUCAAACCUUUAAAACUGGAUACAACAAUAAAGGACGCUAACGCCACCAUAUCAGCGAUUUCUAGCUCUGACAUACGCGGAGUGAGUAAUAAUAAUGACAAGGUUAAUAGCGAUCUCGAUGUUAUCAAUCGUGGACCGUCCAAAAUAGACCAAAUUACUAUUAAAGAUGGAAGACAACUUUUACGAUCACAAACUAAUGAAAUCAAUAUCAGUGAUAAAUUUUUAAAGGGGAACGAAAAAUUCGAUUUAAUUAUAGAGACGGUGACCAAGAAUCUAGGGUGUGAAAUUAAAAAUUCGACAAAUAAGGGCGAAUCCGAUAUCAUAAUCCUUCCCGACAAUCUUGGUUCUUCUCAAUAUUUUCAAAGUGAUCCUAAAAAUAAGAAUAGAGUAGACAACAAAAAUUUGAAUACCGAAAAUAUCGGCAAACAAAGUUGGCAACCGCCCGAAAAAAUAGAUAACGACAAUGUUAGAGAUAUAUACGAUUUUUAUUCCCCACCUUGUAAACAUACUCGGUCCCAAAAAGAGAAAGUGGUAGAAAAAACUAAAAAAAAAUGUAACAAUAAAAAAAACAAAGCUCCGCAGAAAGGGAAUAAAAAAAUUAACGUUAAAAAUAAUGGGAUGGGGGAAUUCACGAAUAAACCUAUAGAAUCGAAAAAGAAAGAGAGCUUUUACGUUAAAACGAAGGAAUUGGAAGCGGAAUACUCAUCUCUGCUCAUGUUUGAAGAGAGUCAGAUGUCUGGAGAUUUUCCCAAAAAUGAUCAUAAGAAGAAAGACGUAAAAAAUUAUCCUGAUUUAAAGAUUGAUCUAAAUAGUAAUCGUAAAAAUGAUAACCAAGAUAAAUGCAAAAUGAGCGAUAAUAAUGACAAUUUAUUGAGUGACACUAAUAAGAAAAAAAGGGGCAAAAAGUUGAAAGUCACGACAACGGCAUCGAAAGGUAAGAGCGGGAGGAAAGAGAAGAACGGGAAGAAAGGAAAAUCUAGUAACAUUAAAAUUGCUAAUGAUAAUAAUAAUAAUAAUAUUUAUAUGUCGAAUGUCACGAACGAUAAAUUAGAUUUUGGCUGCGAUAAAAAUAAUAAAAUGGGCUUAAAAGAACACUUGCUGUUAAAUGAAAAAGAAAAUAAGAUAGAGGAUUAUAAAACUAAAUUUUCUACUAAUAAAACUAUGAAAGUGAAUGAUUAUGAAUUAGAAAAUGUCGUUAUAGAAGAUGACAGCGUUUUAGCCUUUUCUCCUAUUUUCAGUUCCCAACAAAAGCUGAAAGUGGAUAAAAGGGAGAAUAAAAAUAUGGAAAAAACGGAUGUUAUAAAAAGUCAUAAAAAGGACUUGGGAAAAAACAUGAAGGUUGAUAAUAAGGAUAAACCAUCAAAUUUUCCAAAAGAUCCAAAUUUGAAUUCAGUAUCAAGGGGUAAAACCAUAAUAACAUAUCCCAAUCCAUUAUAUUCUUCAACUCCGAAAGUAAAUUUGCCAGUAAUCAAACGUAAAGGGUACACACCCAUAACUCUAAAAGUUAAUUAUAAUAACCAAGUCAUUACUAAGCACGUUUUUGAUACUUCAGGUAACGAGAAAGAACUGGAAAAACAUAAACGACAAAAGAAUCCCGAAAAAGAGAAAGUUGUGGAAAAGAUUAACGUCUACGAAAUAGCGGAGGGUUUAAAUAAAGGUGUCCCCAAAACUUAUUUAACAACAUCUCAUGAAGAAAAUGAUCAUGAGAAACUGGAAGGCCGAUUGAAAAUAACGGGAAGUAAGUUAGAAGCAAACGAGGGUAAUAAGAUUAGUACCGACCAGAGGAAUUUAAUCCAACAACGCAAAAUAACGAUAGAGAGAAAGGUCGAAAUCACACUCACUCCGCUUCGCGAAGAAAAUGUUUUCGAUAGAUUUAAGGCACCUCGAACUAAUAAAAACGGCGGUAAAAGCGCUUUGAUCAAUAAUAAUAAUAACUAUAAUAGUUUAGAAAGUCAUAAGGGCACGGAUAAGAAAAUGGAUCUUGACGUAUUAUUUGGGAGAGAUUAUAAGAGCAGAAACGCGAAAAUUGAUUUAAAAAAAGAUGUUUCCUAUAGGCAAAUCACCAACUUAAGAAAUAAUAAUGAUAAACAUAAUGCAGCAACCUACAGAGACUUCGAAAAAAAAACGGAAGCAAAUAAAGUAUCAAACGAUUGUGAUAGAAAUGACUUUCAAAUCCGAACUAAUAAAAAAUACAAUUUGAACAUACCAACAGCAGACGGAAAGCGUGUCGAGAAAAUCAAUAAUAAUAAUGUUAUUAGUGAGGCAAAAAAUAUUAUCGAUAAAAUAAAUGGCAAAAAUGGUGACCCCAAAUCUGGGUCCGAAUACGAAAUAUGCAGAAUCCAACAGUCGCAAAUGACCACCGUGCGCCCUUCUCGCCGAAAAACGUAUAACUCCUCUAAGAUAGUUGAUAACGCAGAUAAUUCCCUGUUCUCUAAACGAGAUGAAAAGGUUUCAGAGGAUAAUGCCGAUCAUUGCAUCUUAGAUUCGAACGAAAAAGAAUCGAUUACUAAUCCUAGCCGAAAUAAAAAAGAUGAUGCCAAAAAAAACUUCAAAAGAAAUUCGAAAAUUUCUUCAGAAAAAAAUGACGAAUUAAAAUCGAAUAGUAAAAAUAAUUUAGAAGAACAAGAUGACGACAUAUACAAUUUCGACACCGAUCACGAGUUAUUUAAGAGUCCGGAUAAACCAAUUACUAAAAAACCGGAAAUCGGGAAAAUAGAUCGUUAUCAAAAUAAGGGCAUAUCCUCAUUCGCUUUGAAUUGGGGUGGAAAUAAAUUGGAUAGAAAAAAAGAAAAUGACGCACCCACUACAAAUACGAUCAAGAAAAAUACUAACCAUAAGACUAAGAAGAAGUACGAGCGAGAAAGUCAGAGAAAAUAUAAACAAUGUUUGAUCAAUGUUGUCAGCAGCUCGAAAAACCAGCCGGAAGAUCGGAACUUGGGAGAUAAUGGAAAUGAGCAGUUAGUUAAUAGGACUAGACAGAGCAAAAGGCUCGCUUUAAUAGCUAUCAGUAAUUGUAUGCACGAUAGUUCUAGAGGAGGCCCACCACAAAAGAUAAAGGAUACGUCUGAAGAGAGCUUUGUGAGCUUUGCUGGAAAUGACGAUCAUAACGACAGCGAAAUCUACUGUCGGGAUAAAAAACAAAUUUUAUAUUCAGGAGAAGAUAAUGAUUUUGAUAAUGAAAAGGUUAGUAAAAUUGGUGAAAAAGUUGCGAUUAGCGCCAAAAAGUUUAAAAUAGAUAAAGAUGCUUCUAGUGAUCUAGAUCAACACAACGUGAUAUCCAUGUGUAUAGAUUCUGAUUCUGAAAGCAGCGCCAUUAUAGAAGAAAAGGAUUAUAUCGUUAGUGUUAGGAAUUCACUCGAUUUCAGAACCACAAUCGGGGAUAAAUUUGAAGAAUCUAUAAAUCACCAAAUCAGCGAAAGAUCAAGAUCACAUUCCAUUACCGAUUCCCAAAAUGAGGAAAACCAACACGCUGGUAAAUAA